AUGAAAAUCUCUGACGAAGUUUCGAAUAAAAACUUCGGCUACGGCGUCCGCCACAUCCAAAUAAUAUGCAUGUGUUUGACGAUUGUAGCUCUUUUCAUUGCACGUGCCAGUAUGGGUGUCGCUGUUCUGGCGAUGACGGAUGGCAGUCGCGAUGAUAUUGAAACUUAUAAAUGGGACAAAAAGACACAAGGGAUCAUUCUGUCUUCAUUCUUUUGGGGCUACACGGUGAUGCAAAUUCCUGCUGGCAUACUAUCUAAGCGGUAUGGAGGGAAGCCGAUUCUUCUGAUAUCGCUUCUAACCAACACUGUUAUAUGUGGGCUACUACCCACUCUUGUAAAAAUUGGCGGUUGGCCAAUAGUUUGCGCAUGCCGAGUCAUUAUGGGGUUAACUCAGGCUUGCCUUUUCCCGGCCACUCAUACUUUAUUAGGUCGGUGGUUACCAAAGCAAGAGAGGACUUCCUAUAGUGGAAUUGUAUACGGAGGAACUCAAAUCGGAAUAAUAAUUGCGAUGCCAAUAUCUGGGUUAUUAGCGGAUACUAAAUACGGAUGGAAAUCUAUAUUUUACACAGUGUCAGCUAUAAUGCUUGUCACUGCUGCUGUAUGGUCAUUCUUCGCAGCCAAUAUGCCGAGAGAACAUAGAAUGAUGACGGAAGAGGAAAAGCAUUACAUUGAAAGAGGUUUAAAUAUGGUUGAAGCUAAGGCACUUCGUACUCCCUGGCGUCAUAUAUUCCGAACGAGAGCGUUAUGGGCGAUCAUGAUAACUCACAUCGGGAGUGCAGUCAGCUUUGUCCUAUUCUUUGUAGAUUUACCCACUUACAUGGAACGAGGCCUGAAAAUAAGCUUGAAAAAUAGUGCUGUCCUAUCAGCGUUACCGUACUUAGGAAUGUGGCUCGCUUUCUUUGGACUAUCUAUUGGCUUAAUCGUCUUAGCUUUCUUAGGUCCUGAAAACAAAUCCCUAGCCAUCAUUACUUUAGUCAUGUCAUUAUUCUUAAGUGGGUUUUCUGCUGCUGGUUUUUUGAUGUCUUUUUUGGAUCUAUCUCCGAACUAUGCAGGUGUGACGCUUUCUCUUUCAAAUGCAGCUGCGAACUUUGGUAGUAUUUUAACACCGAUUGGAACAAGCUUCAUACUAAGAAAUGACCCCACUGACACCAGUAGAUGGCUAAUAGUAUUCCUGAGCACGGCACUCUUGGGUGUUGUCGCUAACUGUGUAUUCUUGAUGUUUGCUAGCGCCACGCAGGUGGAAUGGGAUGAUCCGAACUUUAUUGAGAAGAUAAAGGCUGAUAAGGAGUUUAAACUCGGGGUUCGUCACAUUCAAAUGGUCUACAUGUUCGCCUGUUCGUUUGCGAUGGGGGCGUUAAGGAGUAGCAACGGCAUCGCGAUCCUCUCUGUAGCCCAACAAAGUCGAAACAAUGGUUCAUACUUACAGGUUCACAAUUGGGAUAAAAGAAUUCAAGGCACUGUUCUCUCAUCGUUCUUGGUCGGAUACGCCUCAGCGAUGCUUCCAGCUGAGUUAUAUCUGAAGGAAGUCGAUGAUAAAUUUAUAAUGGCAGCUGUGCUUCUCAUUAACGGAGGACUGACUGCAGCUAUGCCAACUAUUGUUAAAAAGGGUGGAUGGAUCGCCGUCUGCAACGGGGAAUUCUUGAUGGGUAUAACUCAAGCCUGUCUGAGUCCAGUAAAUCUUAACCUUCUUUCCAAAUGGCUUCCACCCAGCGAGAGGACACUGUGUGGAUAUUUAAUUCAAGGAGCAAUACUUCUAGGCACCAUUAUUGCAUUGCCUGUAUCAGGUAUGAUUUCGGAAUCACGCUUGGGUUGGGAACUCAUAUUUUAUUCCCAGGCCAUGAUGACAUUGUCAACAGCCACAUUAUGGGUGUUACUGACUUCUAGUACCCCGGAAACUCACCACGCUAUAGGUGAUACGGAAAAAGAGUAUAUAAGACGCUCCUUGUCAUGUUACCGUCAGUCGAGUACACAAAUAGCUUUACCUUUUGUGGGGAUGUGGGUGGUUUAUCUUCUGACUUCGCCUACAAUAGAAUUAAUUUAUGGUAUCGGAAAUGUUAAUUACUUGUUCGACGUCAAGUAUUUUAGGAAAAUAGUUAAUGGAUUCGGAUCCCUUGGGAUAGUAAUCGGAUUACUAACUAUAUCCUAUUUGGUUCCGUCGUGGAAUCAUUUAGGGCUCAUAACAUUGGUCGGAACUUUCGCAUUACUUGGAAUUCAAUAUUCCGGUUUUCUUGAAAAUCACAAAGAUAUGACACAGAAUUACUCAAACACUUUACUUAUGAUGAGCAACAUAGUCUCCAGUGCUGUGGCAGCUCUCGUUCCUGUGCUAACUGCAGCUAUCGUCAAUGGAGAUGACGGUGAUUUAAAUCGCUGGAAAAUUGUAUUCCGUUUGCUCGCUGGAUUCUAUGUGAUUUGUAAUGUCGUCUACACUUUGUGCGCAAACAGCGACAGGCAGGAAUGGGACAGAAGCGCCAAAACAAAGUUCGGAUAUUGCAAUGCCUUAACUAACUUGGAAUUAGACGAGAUCAAUCAAACUACAAGACUGGACUGUCAGAGAGAAGAUGAUACAUCAGUGUAA